AUGCACGUCAGGAACUUACUCUCUCUGUUCAGCCCGACGCAAGAGCGAAACGACGCAGCAUCCGAGGCAUCCUCAUCACCGGCCGUCCAGUCCGUCCGUACAGCGGGCGACAGAAGCAACAGCUUUACGUCCAACCCAUCCCCGCACGGUUUGACGCCAUAUGAAGGACAGCUCAACUUCGACUACUCACCGCCGGCAACACACGCAUUCCGGGCCGAGGCCCCCGCACAACGAUUCACCGGACAUGGAUCUCACGGCGACGGCAGUGCGCCCAUCGGCUUUGUAUUGAACAGCGGGCCGCCGCAGGAAAGCCGAUCACACCACCGGGAUAGCUUCACUUCAAGCCCCGGGUAUCUCGACGCCACGCGAGAUGGCAUCACCUCGGAUAGCGGGCAAUGGCAGUCGGGGGAGGUGCAGCCUCAGCUCCAGAUUUCAUAUCUCUUGGGGGACUCGCCGUCGACGCAGGCCGGGUCUUCGCAUCAGAUUGCCUCGGAGCGAGCUGAGAGUCUCAUUUCGGAUGCAGAAUUCCGUAUUCAGCCCGUGGACCCUGAGCAUUGUGGUUUCACAGGACGCCAAGCCUUCUUAUUUCGCACGUAUAUUUUGAGAAUCGCGCCUUCGAUCGAUGCGUGUCACGAUGCUCGCCCCUUCACCCUCGACGUCCCCCGCCUCGCCCUCCGCAAGCCGAUCUUGCUCAACGGCAUCUUCGCCCUAGCUAGUCGUUUCGACACGCAAGGAAACGACGACACGAAUGAAAAGUCCGAUUUGGAGAGCACGUACUACCACAAUCGCUGCAUAGAGCUGCUUAUCGAAGCAUUCUCCCAACCGCCAGAGACGUGGGACUCUAUUCUGCUGACGGCUGUCGUGAUCAUGCGGUUAUACGAAGAGUACGACAACGAGACAGACUCCCACUACCACCACCUCCGAGGCACGCGGAACCUGCUCAAUCACGACGCCAUUGCCCGUUUCGUGACCCAAGGCGGGCUGGCCGAGGCCGCGAGCUGGGUCCACCUACGGCAGGCCCUCUAUGUGUUUCUAGUUCGCAGGACGCCAAUCGAGAUCUGCCUAGAGAAUUUUGAGAGGUCUUCGACUUUUAGGAGUAACGACGACACCGCGCAUGCGAACCGGAUCGUCUAUCUGUUUGCGAAGGUGCUGAAACUCUUCUUCCCGGAAGACGGAUCGGGAUUUCGAACGAGCAGCUCAGAGACUUGGGAGGAGUUGCAAAACGACGUCGACGUGUGGUUCAAAGAGAAGCCACUUUCUUUCCAGCCUCUUUUCUAUGAACGGGCGGAUGUGGCCAAAGGAAGACCGUUCCCAACGUUGUGGAUGGCCGCGGAUCCAGCGGGGUUUGAAGGAACGAAGAAGAGGAUGGACAGUGAGCACAUAGCGUGA